GCCCGUCGCGCGGGUCCCACGGACCUGCAGCAAAGGCGGGCCUUCAAAAACCUUCGCUCCCGCGCCGCCCCGCCAAGACGACGGAGGCCGCCGGCUGCACGGAUGAAGGGCUGGAGAAGGGGCCGAACGACUCCCCGACGCAUCUCCCUGCCUGGCGCAAGAGAUCCCAGCGGCGAUUCGUGAGGCCUCGGGGCAGGAGCGGCGGAUCGCGAGGGGUUGUUGUUGUUGUUUUUUGCGCAAAGCCCCCGGGCGGAGUGGCCUCCGCUUUCUUCUGCGCCUGGACGGUGGCUCCUCGCUCCCAACCAUCUUGAGGGAGGGAAACUAGCUGGCGCCUUGCCUGCCUGCCUGCCUGCCUUUCUCCCUCCCCGAAAGCAGCUGGGCUGCUCGGAUAACGUCAUCGCUUCCGCCCAGCUUCCUCCUCCUGUUGGCGGUGGCGGCUAAGAAUCCAACAUGGAGUAAAAGAGACAGAGAUGGGGCUCGGACGGGGCCGCCGGCUGCAGCACCAUCCGGGCGCGUUGGCCGACGCGGCGCCCCGCUGCCUUCCCGCGCGCUGAGCGCCCUUCCGUCGCAGGUCUCGUCUCUCUCGCAGCCCUGCGCUUUGGCAGCCAACGAGGCCUUAGCAAACUGCCUGGCUUCCUUCCUUUUCCCUCCCCAUCCCUGCCCCCUUCUCCCCCCCCCCUCCGCCCGCCCGCUUGCUUUCCAGCGAAGCCGAGGCGGUCUCUUUCCCCGCAUCCUUCCAGCUCGAUCGGCUCUCUCCCUCUCUUUGCCCUCGAUGUGAAGCUGAGGGGGGGGGGAGAAAAAAAGAAAAAUGAAGAGGUGCUGCCCGGCUGCCCGCGGCGGGGGAUGAAUUUUUGAGAAGGAGAAAAUGACCGAGGAAACCCAUCCAGACGAUGACAGCUAUAUUGUGCGAGUCAAAGCUGUGGUUAUGACCCGAGAUGACUCCAGUGGAGGAUGGCUGCCCCAAGAAGGAGGUGGCCUUAGUAGGGUUGGUGUCUGCAAGAUCCAGUGCACAGAGGCCAAUGGAAGGAAUGGAUUUCUCAUCCAUGGAGAAAGGCAAAAAGACAAACUGGUGGUGCUGGAAUGCUAUGUGAAAAAAGACUUGAUCUACACUAAGGCAAAUCCUACAUUUCACCACUGGAAAGUUGACAACCGAAAAUUUGGACUCACUUUUCUAAGCCCUGCUGAUGCGCGAGCAUUUGACAGAGGGGUGAGAAAAGCCAUUGAAGAUCUCACAGAAGGUUCUACAACAUCAUCUUCUACGAUCCACAAUGAAACUGAAGUUGGAGAUGACGAUGUCUUCACUAAUGCCACUGACAGUUCCUCUAAUUCUUCUCAGAAAAGAGAGCAGCCUUUACGAACACUAGCGUCUUCUCCAUCCUUUGAGCAUCACCGAAUUUGCACCCGCGGCCACUUUCAUGACCAGUUUAGCCCUGAGCAUUACCAUCUAGAACAAUCAAUCUUGCGAUCGUGUCGGCACGUCAGUUUCCCCGAUGAUGACGAGGAGAUUGUACGGAUUAAUCCAAGGGAAAAGAACUGGGUGACAGGUUACGAGGACUACCGUCAUACCCCUGUGCGGGGGAAGUACAUUGAUCCCGAUGAUGGGGACUCCUAUGUGCGGUUUGCAAAAACGGAGGCCUCGAAACAUGACUACAAUUACCCUUACGUUAGUAAUGCUGACUUUGAUCGAGGGGAUGACAUUAAGGGUGCCGUGAUAAAAACUCAGCCAGCCAGGUGUAAACAGCGGCGGCGAAAAGAAGACGGGGAGAGGUCACGGUGUGUUUAUUGUAGGGACAUCUUCAACCACGAGGAAAACAGGCGGGGUCAGUGCCAGGAUGCUCCAGACCGAGUUCAAAGCUGUAUCCGCCGAGUCAGCUGUAUGUGGUGUGCAGACAGUAUGCUCUACCACUGCAUGUCUGAUCCAGAAGGAGACUAUACAGACCCUUGCUCCUGCGAUACCAGCGAUGAGAAGUUUUGCCUCCGGUGGUUGGCCCUAAUUGCCUUGUCCUUUCUGGCCCCUUGUAUGUGCUGUUACUUGCCCCUCCGGGCUUGCUACCACUGUGGGGUGAUGUGCAGGUGCUGUGGUGGGAAACACAAAGCAGCUGGAUGACAGCGCUCCAAGCCGGUGAAAGGCCUGUUUUCUUCCCCUUCUUGGUCUGGAGCAUUCUUGGUUUGUGCCCACCUGAGCCGGCCUUGGGAGCCUGUUGGAAUCUAGGAACCAGACGGCUCCUUCUCUUUCCCUCCCACUUGGCUGCUAUGCAUUGAUCGCUCCCGGAGUUCUAACAGACUAAUGUACCACAUAGACGUUUGUAUUAUUGAUCUAUCAUCCAGCAGAAGGUCUUCUGUGUGAUUAUUCCUUCCCUCCUGCAAGGAAAGCGUUUGAGAUGGGAACGGUUGAAUGGGACGGAAUUUGGAACAUCUCAUGGGGGUAAUCUAUAUUUAGCAAGCUCAUCACACCCGUGAGAGUAUAUAACAAUGGAGUGAAAUCCCAUUUUGGAUUGUGAGCACCUUGCAGCCAGUUUGGGGGUAUGGAUUCUUGUGUAUACAGAAGAUGUUUGUGGGUAAUAAUUGUGCACCACGGUAAUGUAGGGCCAACAAUCGCACAACCUAAAGUUCCUGAAAAGUCCCAUCAUGUUUUUUUGGUGGUCUUCUGGGAUUUUCUGAUUGUUAACGGGUCAGCUAAAAUGUGGGAAAUGAGCCUUAGUAUUACCUGUAUUAUAUGUGAGAAUCUGAGAACUCCUGUGAUUUCAGACCAAUUUUUAUACACAAAAUGAAAUAUUUAUAAAUAGGUUUCUCCUCUUCCUCUUUCCCCAGCCACCAUCGCCUUUCUCUUCCAAAUAACAGUGAAAAAAAUUAGCUUUGCAUUGAUGUUCUUCCCGAUGAAAACAGUCUUUAUGCUGUGGUGUUCCUAUCUGAGGCAAAGGGGGGGUUUGCAUGUUUUGAAAUUGACAUGUACACCCAUUCACUUGUGUACCUUGAAAAGAAAAAGAGGGAAUGUUGCUUUUAAACUUUGUCUACAGGUCAGUAUGCUAAAAAUAAGGGAAUGAAUCCUCCUCUAUCACCCCCUUUUUGGAAUCCAGGGUGGGAGUAUGUCUGGAAUUAAUCCAAGGUUUUAUGCUUUGCAGACUAAUCCAGAAAUAUAGGGAAGCCUCAAUUGCAAGGCAUUUCAUUGGCCAGUGUCUUUGCCUUGAAGGCCUUUGAACCAAUGAGGGUGCUUCGAACAUUUUCUAUCAUGGAGUAGGACAUAGGACUCCUUGCACCUGGAUUUGUUGGGUAUGGAUUUAAUAGAGCCAGAGGGCACCGCCGCUAUAGCACUUGACAAUCACUUAGAUACAGGCAGGAACAUGGCUUUUUAAAAAUCAUUCAGUUUCUUUCAAUGGAAGUGCAUUUAUUUCUCUCUCUUUUUUUUCUUUAAAGAAAAGCCUAAGAGGAAUUGACACAUAUUAUCCCAAUCAUGAAUUCAGAGAUGUUGCAGAAAUGGGGAGAGGAGAGUUAAAAGAAGCAUUUACUCAUGCUUUUAGUACCAAUGCAUGCUCUAGCUGGCCUCUCUCCCUUUUCUUUACUAACCUGCAUGACUUUGUUCUUAGGUGAAAUUGACUGAGAACAGUUUCCCCAUCCAGGCAGCGUGUAUCUUUCAUUUCUCAAGUUCCUGGAUCUGCACAGUAACUAUACUGUGAACAUAAAUAAUUCCUAGUGACGUUGGGUCAAUGUUACUAUCUCCUCUGUUCCCAGUUCAGUGACAUAGUGCACAGAUAGGAAGAAAAAGUAACCAGGGAAAGUUGCACCAGGGUGUUUUCAGGGUUCUCUGUCAUUGGCCUAAACCAACAUCCCGACCCCACCCCACCCCCAGCUAUCUGCUGUGCAGACAAUAGGAUCAACCUGCAGUUGGCAUAAAGCCACCCUGUUCUUCACUCUCAAAUGCACUGAACCAGCAUAUUUGGCAUCUGCAGAGAACCAGGGUGAAUAGUUCAAAACUGGACGAAUCCCAGGCCCUUCUUAUCAUCUUGCCGUGAAAGAUACUAGGACCUUCAAAUAUUUUCAUAGCCCUUAAGGUGGGCCCUGCUGCAAUCACUAGGCAUCCUGACACCAACAAGCAGUGAAUUUCAAUAUAACUUGGUAAUGUACAAAGCGUGCAUGCAUUGCAAAAUCUGUAUCAAACCCACUUCUUUGAUUUCUGAGUUGUAAAAUACAGCAGGGCGAAGCGAUAACCUUAAUUUUGUGAGGUUUUUAUUUUCUUUUAAAAGUCAUGUCUUGUGUACAAGGCUUGUAAUUAGCUGGGGAAAUGAUAUUUUUCUAAUGUAUGAUGUGGAAAUAGCAAAGGUUUUAUUCAAAGGAAUAAAGUGUAGAACAGUUUAGCUAUAAUAUAGCAUAGUACAAUCUGAAUAUUCUGAGGCAGCUAUAGGCGCUGGCUUGUGAGAACAGGCACUGCUGUUCCUGCUUUGGGCAGCUGACUGCUGGGGCAUGCGUGACCUUGCCCCUCUCCCACCUCUUCUAUUGCACAUUGACAGAAGUCUUAAUUAAAAGAAAAGGAAAUGGCUUUUCGUUUUUGCCAAAUAGCAGCAACCAAGAGUGAACACGUUUGCAUUGUUCCGUGCAAAACAGGCCAACAGCUCCUUCCUGGAGUGUUGUCGCUUUGAUCUUGUUUAAUUGCAUAUGCAACAAUCUGUGAUGUUAUGGCCAAAUCCUGCAGCCAGAGCACCCCUGGUUAUACUCAAGCGAGUAUAUAUUUCACGAUCAGAGGACAUUUUCUCCCUCCACCUCCCUUUUUUUUGGGGGGGGCAGCUCUCUGCUUUGGGCACUUUGUAGAAUGCAUUGGACCAAUCCAGAAAGACAUGGGCUGGGAUCCAGCACCCUCUCAAUGAGCAACCCUCCUGAACGCAACCUUCACCCCGACCAUUUGCCAUGACAAGCUACUCUUAAACUCAGGGCACCUCAGGAGAAGUCUUGAGGAGAGGCCACACUGGCUUGCAGGUGUCAGUGUAGAAACCAGCCUAAAAAGAUCUUGCAUUCUCCUUGCAUUGCCUUUAGAGGCAGGAACUGAUUAAACAUCCCCUGUUCCGCUGCUGGCUGGGCCUGUAUUCCCUCCAGACUGUACUGAGAUGAUUUAAUGCUAAAGUUCCUCCCCCUGUCAAUAUGGUCCUCCUUUGUGGGGGGGUGCUUUUUCCUCUUCCAGAGCCCCUGGAAUCUUUGCAGCUGAACAAUGAACACUUGGCUGUAAACCCUAAAGGUAAAGUGAGGACAGUGCAAACUCAGAUCUUUGACAUAAUUUGCAGAACGAUACUGGGAUUGGGGCAAUUAGUUUUUGUUCUGCAUUUUACUGCGAAUCUAUCUGAUUUUUCAUUUUCAGACCCAUACCUGAAUUGAAAUUAAUUUACCUUUUGAAAAUGUGCACUUAUGUGAGAAUGUUGGCUUGCAGUUCUCCAAACAAAAAGACACAGUAUCAAGGUGUCAGGAGAAAGGUGAGCGAAAAUAAUUAGAGUGUAGGAUUGCCUUCUGCUAGGAAAUAUGCUUGCCAUUUAGCACAAAAAUGGUACAAUUGUUGCCUAAAGUUAAUGUUUAAAAAGAUAAAUACAAAGAUGGGAUAAGCCAGGGUUAAGGCUUGGAAAAAUGAGGAAAUGAAAUUCAACAUUCUUUCAUCCUUAAUAGCAAGUAAAAAUCUGAACUAGAUCACUUCAUCUUUCACAUACAUAGGGAACCAAGUAAUAUUUUUUUCUUUGUUUUUCAGUAAGAAUUCACAUUAUCUCCUUAACAGGUUAAUUUAUAUCAGCUAUUUAAAACAUAAUUCCUCAAUUGCAGCCUUCAAUUCAUGUGUGAGUCAAUUAGCUCUAAAAUCUCCAUUGUUCAUGUUUCAAAUUCCAAGUUUGGGAUUUGUCUGUAACAUACCGGCAACAUGACAUAGUACAAAUGAAAAUACUGCUGUUAAAUAUCCUUUUUUGGAAAAGUGCUAAAUGGUUAAGGAAGCUCUUCACUUUACUUUAGUAUUAUUAUUAUUAUUAUUAUUUAACGGGGGAGAAAUUCAUGGGGCAAAUGCAUAUUUUAUGUGCCUGACAGCAAAUGACAUCCUUCCAAAGGAUGACUAACAAACAUCAAGCCAGCUUCAAAAAUCAAAUAAUGGAACAACUUCAAUAUCCUAGUGAUUGUUGCAAAGUUGUCCCAUUUUCCUGAAUUUCUCUAAGGUCUUUCUCCUCUGCGAAGCACAACACUACAGAAGAUAUCUUAAGGAUUGUCAAGGUUCCCCAUUUAAAUGCCCCUAUUUAUUUCGUUAAAGCAGCUAAAACUUUCCACCUUGCCUCCUCCUGUAAAUUCCUUCUUCCCAUCUCUACUUUGGCUUUCUUUGAAUCCUUGGCACUUUGUUUCAUGUUCCUUCUUUCUCUCUGUGCGUUGGAGCAAGAGGGUUGUUUUGGGAAGGAGGCUUCAGAGGGGCAAGAGCAGAAAUGGGGGGAACUGGGGUGGUGGUGUAAAUAUUACCCAUUGAUCUCCAUACUGCAGCUGAUCAGUGUGUAGUUUUCUCCUCCUCUCAGCUUUUCAGUACUGACAUUAAUCAUCUGAGAAAUGAUUCAGAUUUUAUUUUUGUAUCUGUGGUAACAAUCCAUUAACGAAAAGGUGGGGUUUUUUCCUCAGUUGUGAUUUUUUUUUCAAGCUAUUGCUCACGUUAACAGAUUUAAGUGCCUGAAGCAACCUUCCAUUAUGUAUCUGUAUACUAAAAGUUAAAAACUCAGUUGUAUUGAUUUUUAUAAGCCUUUUUACCUCUGUGUAAAGAAUAUAUAUACAAGUGUAUGAUGUACAUUUUAGUUCUUAACUUCUUUUUUAUUGUUUCUAAUAAGUAUGAUCAUUGUAGCUAUUGCUUUAAAAAUGUAUCAUGUAAAUACAAAUACAUCAUAUAAAAACAA